AUGGCCAUUUCUCCAGAAGAGUCUGGUCCGUCAGAUACACUCCAGUCACAGCUAGGGCAUACUGACAAGUGUUCUGUUUCCUGUGGAAAAGGUUUGAAGUUUCGUGAUGUGCAUUGUUUUAAUAGCUUCCAAUCUAAAAUAGAAGAAGAAAACUGCAAACAUUUGAAAAAACCACGAACACAUAAAAUAUGUAGAGCUGGAAGAUGUCCUGUCUGGAAGGUCAGCAGAUGGAAAGAGUGUUCUGUAUCCUGUGGAGUGGGGAUUCAGCAAAGGGACAUCUACUGUCAGCUGGCAGGCCUGGGGCAAGUGAGUGAAGCAAUGUGUAGCCAUGAGACCCGCCCUGCUAGCGAGAGGCAUUGUUGGCUGCCUGCCUGCCUGGCCUACCAGUGGCUGGCAGAUGAAUGGGAAGAUUGCUCAUCAUCAUUUAGAAGAAAGAAAAUAUACCGAAAAAUUAGGUGUGUGAAUGGAAACAAGCUCCAAGUGGAUGAAAGCUUCUGUGAUCCUGCCACAAAGCCUCCAUCAUCCAAAACCUGCAGAGUGGCUCCCUCUAAAUAUGUUGUGUUCACAGGAGAACUGUCACAGUGCUCAGCCAGCUGUGGGUUUGGUUACCAGCAGAGGAUCACGUACUGUGUUGGAAUCCAUUCUGUUCAAAAUCAGCAUACCCAUGGCCUUCAAACUGUAGCAUACCGAGAAUGCCCAGUAGAGCCAUCCCCAUACAUUUAUAAAUGUUCAAUGUUCAAGGGAUGUUCAAAAACAGCUACCUGGAGAGUGGGGAAGUGGACCAAAUGCUCAGUAUCUUGUGGAGUGGGGAUAAAGGAGAGAACUGUAGAGUGUAUGGCUGAAAAUGGCUUAUCCAGUGACUUGUGCCUGCCACAUUUAAAACCAAAUGCCAGAAGGAUCUGCCACGAGGAAGAAUGUGAAAUUCUUACCACCUGCAAAGAUAUGCAGAUUAAAAAAGGGAUUAGAAAGGAUGGUGAAUACCUACUUAACAUUAAGGGAAGCAUGAUAAAGAUCUAUUGCUCAGGCAUGCACUUGGAGAAUCCCAAAGAAUAUUUGACAUUGGUAAAAGGUGAAGCAGACAACUUUUCUGAAGUAUAUGGAUUAAGGCUGCAGAAUCCAUAUGAAUGUCCUUUCAAUGGAAGCAGAAGGCAAGACUGUGCCUGUCGAAAUGAUUACCUUGCAGCUGGCUUCACGGUUUUUAGCAAAAUAAGAUUUGAUGUAGCUUCCAUGCAAAUUAAAACCACAGAUUUUCUUUUUGCUCAGACUAUACUUGGGAGAGCAGUACCAUUUGCUACAGCUGGAGAUUGCUACAGUGCUGCCAGAUGUCCACAGGGACAGUUCAGCAUUAAUUUGACUGGUACAGGUCUGAGACUAUCCAGUACAGUUCGGUGGAUUGCUCAGGGCAACUAUGCGACUGCUGACAUACACAAAUCCCAUGAUGGUACUAAAAUCUAUGGAAGAUGUGGAGGAUUUUGUGGAAAAUGUGUUCCUAGCACAAUUACUGGUCUCCAGCUUCAAAUACAAUGAGAACUCUGAUGUACUAUGAGCAUCAAACCAGGAACAUCUGCCAUUUUGGCGCAAAUUGUAGAUGCAAUGUAUAUAUAUUUUAAUUCUUUCAUCUCUGUAAUUCUCAUUACUGUAACACUCAACUACUAAGAACUGUUUUUCUCAGGAUUUACUUGGGGUCAUGUUUUCUGUAUGUGGGCUAACAAGUGCAUAAAUCACAAUCAUAAGCCUUCAGGUUUUAAUGGGGGACAUUAAUUCAAUAUACAGCAUAUAUUAGCAAGUAAAUUGCGCUGAAGUUACUACCAUAGGCAACACUCUAAAUUUUACCAUAAUUGUAAUUCUUUACCUGCAGCUGAUCAGUGUGAUACCUUAUGAGGUAUUCAGUAAAAUUUACACUCUACUGGUCCUCUUGAUUGACUGUACUAAAAUAUAGAAAGGAAAGCUUUAUUACUCUACAGUGAAGAAAGGUAAUAAAUUUAAGUCCUUACAGUUUUGUUCAAACUUUGAGGGAUUGUCUGUCAAUAACUUAUAGAGUAGUACAUAACCAAAAUGCUUGAGAUAGUUUUAUAGAUCUGUGUGUUUCUCUGUCAGUAAAAGCAUUUUUCCCCAUCCCUUUCAUUAUAUUCUUCUUGGUGCUCAAAUCCUGGCAGUAGUCCUGAGAAGUGCAGUUUAACCUCUGUAAUCUCUAUGGCACAUGUUAAACAUCUGGGUUUAGGUUUGUCAUGGGUACAGGAAAAAAAAAUAAGGAACAAAAUUGCUUUGAAAACUGAUUCUAAAUCCCUGCCUCUCAUCCAAGUACACUGUAAAAGCAGUGUAUUCUGUUUACCAUACCGUCUUGUAUGUGGUUUUACAACUAUGUAUUUGCUUAAGCACUUUCCAUAUACACCUUACUCCUUUACACUGGAAAUUGGCAUAUUAGUAAAGGCUGUAGUAUAUGUCCUUCAUAUUCCAAUUCAACAUAAUUUUCAAUAACCUUAGCCAAAAACCUGGACAGAGGCAAUAUUAAGCUCCACAGUGGUUUUGCUGUCCAUCUUCGACUCAGUUUGAUUUUUUGAUGUUUGCAAAUACAGUUCUAACAUCUGCUAUUUAAAAUUAUUUCUUCGAGAAAAGUAAGUGUAUGAAAGAGUUACAAGGUUCAGAAAAUUAUUUUGCUCUUUGAUUUGUUGUUUUGUAUUACUUUACAGUCCAGAACUGUAGAAAUAUAUGCAUAUACAGAUAAUGUAUUUCAGGGCCAACUCUCAGGUAUUCAGAAUAAAAUUUUCUACCUGCAUAAUAACAUAUAUUAUGUACCAGAUAACUAUACAUGCUUUCUUUCAAAAUAUGCAUUCUGUAUACCAAAUAUUUAUUUUGCAUGCUAGUAAACUUGGUAGAUCAAAUGGCAGCUAUAUCAUAUUUUUGCCCACGAAGAGUUAGUCAUGAAUUAGCAAUAUGUAUUAAUUAAAACCAAUACUGUACCACAGAAGUGUAUGCAGCUCCUGUUUUAGAUAACACAUGUACGUAAUUAUUUUGUGAUCUCUGCAUCAGAAACGUAUUUUUGCACUAUGUGCCUUGUAAUAGUUGUAAACAUUAAUAAGAAUA